AAGAUGCAGGGGAUUUCCACCAGAACAGUUGGAUGGUAGAACACAACGGAUGGAUAGCAGAACGUGGAUGUGUUGGGACGAGGGGCUUUUUUUCUCCUUUAUUUUUGUUGCAACAUUCUUUUUUUCCUUUUGAAACAUGCAUUUUGUUGUACAAAUGUACAAAGUAACAGAUGUAGUCACGUCAAGUCAUUAAAAGGUGACUUUUAAGAUAACUUUCUUUUCUGGAUUUUUUUCAGUGCAUGGAUCGCCAGUGACAUCCUUAUGUCCUUAAAUCUUAUCAGUAGACAAAGGGUCUGUCCACCACCAGACGUCAACAGAGUUCAGACAGGCUCUCUUCCACCCUGUACCCCCUACGCUUAACCCCCUCCCCCAUAUAUUUCUCUUGCUCUCCUUGUCCCUGUCUGUCUCUGGGUCUUUCUCAAAACCUAGUGCAGUGCACUUCCAAGUGUAUCAGCCUCAUUAGUCACACCCAGUGAUUGGAUACUCUUUAUUAGUCACACUUGGAAGUGAAAGAUGCACCCAAUAUCUCAUCUCCUUGUCAAUCUUGCUGGAAGGGUUGCCAAGGAACAGAUUUAAGUUGAUCUUGUUUAGGUAUAAUAGAGCCAUCUCUAUUAUAUAAUAGAGAUCUUAUUUAGUCAUACAUGUAUGCAGGGCAAGUGAAAAGUUAGCACAUAUUGAAAGCAAGUAGAGUUGACCUGGUGACAUGGUGAGUUCAGUUUCUGUGCUUUUUAUGGUAAAAAUAAAUUAAAAUUCAAGCAUUUAAUUUUCUGAAUGAAAAAUGUGAAAAUGUGUGUCUCUGUCUUAUGUGCUUAGGAACGAGGUGAAAGAGGACAGCUAUGCAGAAGAGAGGAGAUGGAAUGUGUGAGCCAGAGAGCCACAUUAAGAAAUGCUCCCCCUCCUGUCCUUUGGCAGUAUUGCAGCGGCACCUAGAAAGGGAAACCGUGGCAGAGAUCAACAAUGGCAAUUGGGACCCGGUGGAACCCUGCAAUGACUAGGACCAUGACACAAUUUAUAAUGCUGUCUGUGUCUGAAAGAAAACAGUAAGUUGCUGGUGGAGUUAUAUCAGGGAUACUUGACAGUGAGGAGUUGCUCCUCUAUCUAUGUAGUCUAUAUAAUAUUAAUCCCAGAUGCAAGAAGCAUAAUCAUAUUGAAAGAGAUUGGUGAAAUAAUUAGAAGUAUGCAUAUGAGAAUCUUCUACCUCUGUUUGAGAUUCUUCUUGUCUCUCUUGGGAGCUGUUUCCACGUAGCAGGAUAUUUUUAAAUGUGGAUAUUUUUUUCUCCUGGUUACAUUGGUUUUGGCCUUCCGUUUCCACGUAGCAGGUUUUUAAAAUCCAGAUAUAAAAAAGCAGGCUUUAAAAAUAUGCUAUUUAGGGGACUAAAACGCAAUUGUUACAAUAGAGUAUUUACUUUUAUCCACAUGUUGCAUUUACACCUAAACAGGAGAAAAAAUAGCAGGCUUUUAAAAUAGCAGGCUAUGUGGAAACUGCUCCUUGUUCUGCCCCCUAUUGCAGGAUGGUUUAUUUUGUUGUCAGUCCAGGAAUGUGGAAUGUCUUAUCACUUCUAAAAUAUCAUAAUUGUUCCUCAGGUCAACAAUGCAUAACUUUGAGUGAGUUUGUUAAACAGGGAUCUGGAAAUAUUUAUAUUUUUCUGUCUAUUUUCAGCAUAUAUGCUACAUCUGCCUUAUGUGGGUGCUGGCAGGAGGGGCGUUACCAUAAAGAGCAAAGGACACUUUUGGUGUCAGAUUCUGGCAGCCUUAUAAAUAUGAUCUGAAUAUUGCCUCGAUGCCAGUGUUGCCCGCCUCUGCCCUUGCACCUUCCCCACCACCCAGCGAUUCUUGCCCAAGUUUCUCAUCAGGAGAACACCACAAAAAGCCAACAUGUCUGAGAAGAAGAUGACAUCGAGCCGCAAGCAUCACCUGAAGAGUGUGAUGCUCGCAAUUGCGGCUACGCGCCUGGAUCAGGAGGUAGCUGACCUUGUAGCAGCCAAGGAGGCCUACAUGAAUGAACACUGCCCAGCCCUCAGCAUGCCCGAUGGCCUGGAGGAGCUUCAGAAACUCUGCAAAGAACUUCAUUCAAAGAUCGACAAAGUUGAUGAAGAGAGAUACGAUGUUGAUGCCACAGUCACCAAGGGACAAAAAGCGGUUGACGACCUUAAGAUCAACGUAACAGAAUUGAAGGGUAUGAAGAAGCCAGCUCUGAAGAAAGUGCGUAUGUCUGCUGACCAGAUGCUUCAGGCUCUGCUGGGCUCCAAGCACAAGGUCACUAUGGAUCUGAGGAGCAACCUGAAGCAGGUCAAGAAGGAGGUCAAGGUUGAGGAGGCUGGUGACUGGCGUGCGAAUAUUGAGGACAAAAAGGACAGGAACAAGAUGUUUGAGGGCGCUGAGGCGUAAACAAAGUGAAGUGCUCAAGAUCCAGGGGAUUUCCACCAGAACAGUUGGAUGGUAGAACACAACGGAUGGAUAGCAGAACACAGAUGUGUUGGGACGAGAGGCUUUUUUUUUCUCCUUUUAUUUUUGUUGCAACAUUCUUUUUUUCCUUUUGAAACAUGCAUUUUGUUGUACAAAUGUACAAAGCAACAGAUGUAGUCAAGUCAAGUCAUUAAAAGGUCGCUUUUAA